UCAUCAUUGGCAGUGUCUCUUUUCAACAAUGCGCAAAUUAGUCAUUUUAGCCUUAGUGGCAUUUGUGUGCUUGAACAUUAAAGCCACUUCCGCAGCAUUAUCAUGCUACGUAUGCCGAUCCAAGAAGGCUUCAGAUUGCGACAUUACUAAAGCGGAUCCUACCACUUGUCCUGACGGAUAUCCAUACUGUAUUGCCUUUGUUGGAGUCAACUCAAGCAAUGAAACAAUUUACUUCCGUAACUGCUUCAGUGGCGAUUGCGAUGUCGAACGCAAAUCUGAACCCAAUGUUGAAUUGAAACAAUGUAACGCAUGUCAAAAGCCAAUGUGCAAUGAUGAUGCAUUCGAGAGUGGGUUGCCUGCAAAAUUGUAAUUGAUUACUUGAUGAUUAAACUUGGGAAAAAUUACUGUUUUUUUUUUCUUUUCAAAUUAAAAAUACAUAGAACCAUCCUGCUAAUAGAACCAAUAAAGCAACAACUAAAAGAGAUUGUUGUAAAUAUAGU